AUGCCCAGGGACAUUUUAAGUGACAGUCUGGCAGUGCUGCGGAUUGUGGAGCAUGAAGAUGAAGAAAGCUGGCCACUUGAGGAAAAGCCUGCUUGUAAACAAAGCACAGCUAAGAAGACGGUAAAUGGUUCAAAAUCUGCAAAUGAUGAUUGUGCCUGUUAUUAUAAUUAUGGUCUUCGCGAUUCAGUUGCAAGUCGGCAAAACGAUCCACUAUACCAAUAUAAAACCAGCAGUCUCCCCGCAGCAGCAACUAUUAGCCAUUGGGAUAACUUGGUCUGCUCAGCUAUGCAGCUAUCGCCAGAAGAUAUAGCCAAUCAGCUCUCUAUACAUGACUUGGUUUGUUUCAAGGCUAUACGUCCUGAAGAACUGAUAACGUGCGGCUGGAUGAAAUCGAAUAAAGCCGUUGUCGCACCAAAUGUUGUUGCCUUUACUAAACGUUUUAAUAGGGUAAGUUUUUGGACCGUUCAAGAAAUCCUAAAUGGUCAAGCGCCGAAAGCGCGUGCUGAGACGUUGGCUCACUUCAUUAAAGUUGCUAAGAAACUCUACGAUCUGAACAAUCUACAUUCGCUCUUCGCUGUCAUAUCAGCUUUACACAGCGCUAGUAUAUACAGGUUGACAAAAACGUGGUCCUGCCUAUCGAAAAAAGACAGGCAGCAAUUCGAUCGUAUGGCCGAGCUAUUUGGCGAAAAGGACAACUGGACGGCCCUACGAAAAUACAUGCACUCGAUACGACUUCCCUGUAUUCCUCAUCUUGGUAUAUUCCUCACAGAUUUAGUAUAUAUCGACAUGGCUCAUCCCCUCCACUUGGGUUCCCCUCACCGAGAAACCAAAAUGGGGGUUGUCCUUGAAACAGUGCAGAGGUAUCAGACAUCGGAAUAUGACAUAAAGCCGGUGCCACACGUGGCAAACUUUCUUAACAGUGUUCGCUAUAUUGAGGAGUUACAAAAGUUCUUAGAGGAUGACCAAUAUAAAUUGUCCUUAAAACUGGAACCGCCCUCUCCCGUCGGAAGUUGCUCUGGCUCGAAAGAGUCCGUUAAAGAAGUUUCAGCCCAGGGGACAAAGCCAUUCACGCUGUCCCCGUCUCAUAGACUUGGAUCAGGAUCCCUGAGAAUACAGGGGACGUACAACCAAGGAAAAUUUGUUCCAACGCAUAGGAAAAGCCGAUCUCUUGGAUCUAAGUUUCGAAGCGCGAGUUUGCCAAGAAAUUUUCACAAGGUCAAUUUUGGUGUUGGCAUAUUCGGCAAGGGACAACACGAAGAUAAGGAUGGGAAAACGCCGGCUGGAUCGGUUAAUUUACUGGAUGACACAUUAUUAGAAUCUCCGAGCUCUGUUGUUGCUAAAAUAUCGGAGUCUUUGCCAUUUAGUGAUCCGUCAACAUCAGAGCCAUUUGGCUGCGAUUUCCAAAGCUACGUACGACGCAAAACGUUAUUAAAAGAGGGAAGGAAGAUAUCUCUGUCCUCUUGGCAAAGAUAUUGGCUGCAAAUCACGGCUAAUAUACUAAUAUUCUACGCGUCUAAGUCGUUUAAAGGAACGUGUCGCACGGAUUUUAGUAAGGAUAAAUGUAAAGUGUUAACCCUUCACGCGGGAUGGAGGGCAAUGUGGCUGGAAGGUGAUGCCAGCGAUGGGUUUCAACUCCUCGAUAGGAAUGCCCAUACAAUAUACAAGUUCAAGACUGGUUCUGAAGCGACAGCGAAACAAUGGGUAUCUCGAAUAAAUAAUGUAACGGACAAAAUGGUCCAGCCUUUACCUGCGAAUCUUAUGUCAUUUGAAUAG